UCCAUCAUAUCUCUGGUCAUCUACAUUAUCGAUGCAUCCAAAGAAAAUCCAGUAGAGAAGGAUUAUUUUGUGAAAUAUUAUCCAAGCGACAUACUUGACUUGGUGUGCAACCUGUUCUUCUUGGUCCACUUCAUUUUCAAGUUCAUAGCGGCGAACGACAAGUUGAGGUUCUGGGUGGAGUUGACGACAGUGGUAGACAUGGUGACCAUUCCUCCCAUGUUCGUGGCUCUCUACUUACACAAGUACUGGCUGGGGUUGAGGUUUGUGUGUGUCUUCCGGUUGUUGAACUUCAGUGACGUGUUGCAGUCUUUGUAUCUUCUGAGGACGUCAAACCACAUCCGAUUGGUCGAACUGUUCAGCAUGUUCAUCUGUGUGUGGGUGGGUUCCGGAGGGUUCAUCCAUCUCGUUGAAAACUCCGGCGAUCCUUUCACAUGUUACGACAACGUGCACAGGAUAUCAUACUGGGAGAGCAUGUACCUCGUCAUAAUCACCAUGUCCACUGUCGGUUACGGAGAUGAGUACUGUAUAACUGUUCUCGGAAAGAUUUUCAUCGUUGUCUUCCUUUUUGGCGCGAUAGCCAUGUUUGCCAGCUCUGUUCCAGAAAUCAUCGAAAUUUUUCAUCAUUCGAGGGACAAGUACAUGCUCUGCUACAAAAAAGAACCUGGAGUUAGACACUUGAUCGUUGGAGGCCAUAUCUCAUUCCAAACAGUUGGCAACUUUGUAAGAAACUUCUCACACAAUGACAGGCUGAAUAAAAACUUAAAAAGUAUUAUUUUAGAUGACAACCCGCCAUCCAUCGAGUUGGAGUCCCUCUACAAACGUUACUACAAUCAGAUCCUCUUCAUCAAGGGCUCCAUCAUGGUCAUCAAGGAUCUCAAACGAGCCAAGCUAUCAAGUGCGGAGGCUGUGCUCAUAAUGACCAACCAAUCGGCGCCCUCUGCAACUGAGGAAGACACAGACAACAUCAUGCGAGCAAUUGCAGUAAAAAAUUACUGUCCGAAAGCCAGAAUCAUCUUGCAACUCUUGAAAGCAGAAAAUAAGACGAUAUGCAAGAACCUGCCAUUUUGGACGAGUAGAGAUCACAUAAUCUGCUUCACUGAGAUGAAGAUGGCCUUCAUGGCAGCUGGAUGUCUCGCUCCUGGCUUCUCCACCUUUCUAUCCAACCUUCUCCUCAUGUUCUCUUACGAUAAGAAGAUAAAAAAUCUCAUCGAAUGGCAGAAUGAUUAUUUGAAAGGUGCUGAGAUGGAAAUUUACACGGAAAAGUUUUCUCCAUUUUUCCGUAAGAAACCAGUCCAUGAAGUUGUCAAAUUUUGCUACACAAAAUUCCACAUGUUGUUGUUGGCAGUUAUGAACUCCGUGGACAGCAGAGGUGAAGUUAAUACAAGAUUGCUAAUCAACUCGACAUGCAACGACUCCUUCAUCGGCCCGCAAACUCUCGGCUUCUUCAUUUGCACGAACAAAUCAAAGGCACGAAUUGCGCUUCUCUACUGUUCCCAGUGCCACGAGAAUUCUGCACCAACAUUUACACGCAUCAAGAAGUGCUCCUGU